AUGACGUGCGGGUGCACGUGCAGCGGCAGCACGCCUGGCGCACUGCGCAUGGGUUCUCAGCGUUACGUACCGAUGACUUGCGGGUGCACGUGCAGCGGCAGUACGCUUGGCGCACUGCGCAAGUUUCUCAGCGUUACGUACGGGCCCGAUGACGUGCGGGUGCACGUGCAGCGGCAGCACGCCUGGCGCACGGAAGGCGCGGCGCACUGGCAAGGGUUCUCAGCGUUACGUACCGAUGACGUGCGGGUGCACGUGCAGCAGCAGCACGCCUGGCGCACUGCGCAAGAGUUCUCAGCGUUACGUACCGAUGACGUGCGGGUGCACGUGCAGCGGCAGCACGCCUGGCGCACUGCGCAAGGGUUCUCAGCGUUACGUACCGAUGACGUGCGGGUGCACGUGCAGCGGCAGCACGCCUGGCGCACUGCGCAAGGGUUCUCAGCGUUACGUACCGAUGACUUGCGGGUGCACGUGCAGCGGCAGCACGCCUGGCGCACUGCGCAAGGGUUCUCAGCGUUACGUACCGAUGACUUGCGAGUGCACGUGCAGCGGCAGCACGCCUGGCGCACUGCGCACGGGUUCUCAGCGUUACGUACCGAUGACUUGCGGGUACACGUGCAGCAGCAGCACGCCUGGCGCACUGCGCAAGGGUUCUCAGCGUUACGUACCGAUGACGUGACGUGCAGCGGCAGCACGCCUGGCGCACUGCGCAAGGGUUCUCAGCGUUACGUACCGAUGACGUGCGGGUGCACGCCUGGCGCACUGCGCAAGGGUUCUCAGCGUUACGUACCGAUGACUUGCGGGUGCACGUGCAGCGGCAGUACGCCUGGCGCACUGCGCAAGAGUUCUCAGCGUAACGUACCGAUUACUUGCGGGUGCACGUGCAGCGGCAGUACGCCUGGCGCACUGCGCAAGGGUUCUCAGCGUUACGUACCGAUGACUUGCGGGUGCACGUGCAGCGGCAGCACGCCUGGCGCAAUCCGCAAGGGUUCUCAGCGUAACGUACCGAUGACUUGCGGGUGCACGUGCAGCAGCAGCACGCCUGGCGCACUGCGCAAGGGUUCUCAGCGUUACGUACCGAUGACUUGCGGGUGCUCGUGCAGCAGCAGCACGCCUGGCGCACUGCGCAAGGGUUCUCAGCAUUACGUACCGAUGACGUGCGGGUGCACGUGCAGCGGCAGCACGCCUGGCGCACUGCGCAAGGGUUCUCAGCGUUACGUACCGAUGACGUGCGGGUGCACGUGCAGCGGCAGCGCGCCUGGCGCACUGCGCAAGGGUUCUCAGCGUUACGUACCGAUGACGUGCGGGUGCACGUGCAGCGGCAGCACGCCUGGCGCACUGCGCAAGGGUUCUCAGCGUUACGUACCGAUGACUUGCGGGUGCACGUGCAGCAGCAGCACGCCUGGCGCACUGCGCAAGGGUUCUCAGCGUUACGUACCGAUGACGUGCGGGUGCACGUGCAGCGGCAGCACGCCUGGCGCACUGCGCAAGGGUUCUCAGCGUUACGUACCGAUGACGUGCGGGUGCACGUGCAGCGGCAGCACGCCUGGCGCACUGCGCAAGGGUUCUCAGCGUAACGUACCGAUUACGUGCGGGUGCACGUGCAGCGGCAGCACGCCUGGCGCACUGCGCAAGGGUUCUCAGCGUUACGUACCGAUGACGUGCGGGUGCACGUGCAGCGGCAGCACGCCUGGCGCACUGCGCAAGGGUUCUCAGCGUAACGUACCGAUUACGUGCGGGUGCACGUGCAGCGGCAGCACGCCUGGCGCACUGCGCAAGGGUUCUCAGCGUUACGUACCGAUGACGUGCGGGUGCACGUGCAGCGGCAGCACGCCUGGCGCACUGCGCAAGGGUUCUCAGCGUUACGUACCGAUGACGUGCGGGUGCACGUGCAGCGGCAGCACGCCUGGCGCACUGCGCAAGGGUUCUCAGCGUUACGUACCGAUGACGUGCGGGUGCACGUGCAGCGGCAGCACGCCUGGCGCACUGCGCAAGGGUUCUCAGCGUUACGUACCGAUGACGUGCGGGUGCACGUGCAGCGGUAGCACUCCUAGCGCACUGCGCAAGGGUUCUCAGCGUUACGUACCGAUGACGUGCGGGUGCACGUGCAGCGGCAGCACGCCUGGCGCACUGCGCAAGGGUUCUCAGCGUUACGUACCGAUGACGUGCGGGUGCACGUGCAGCGGCAGCACGCCUGGCGCACUGCGCAAGGGUUCUCAGCGUUACGUACCGAUGACGUGCGGGUGCACGUGCAGCGGCAGCACGCCUGGCGCACUGCGCAAGGGUUCUCAGCGUUACGUACCGAUGACGUGCGGGUGCACGUGCAGCAGCAGCACGCCUGGCGCACUGCGCAAGGGUUCUCAGCGUUACGUACCGACAACGGUGACGUGCAGCGGUAGCACGCCUGGCGCACUGCGCAAGGGUUCUCAGCGUUACGUACCGAUGACGUGCGGGUGCACGUGCAGCGGCAGCACGCCUGGCGCACUGCGCAAGGGUUCUCAGCGUUACGUACCGACGACGUGGGUGCACGUGCAGCGGCAGCACGCCUGA